AUGAAAGCUAAGUACUACCCCAAAGAGAGUUUUUGGAGCGUGUCCGGAAAGAAUUCUGAUAGUUUUGUUUGGAGGGGAAUUUUGAAUGCUCGAUCUUGUGUAACUGAAGGGGCUUGCUCAGUUAUUGUAACCGGUGAAAGUAUUGAUGUUUGGUGGCAACCUUGGAUCCCGUGGUUGGAAUAUGCUGAAUGUCGAGCGCUUAUGGUAACAAUCAGAGGAAGGGCGCCUUAUUUACGCAGUGUGGCGGACUUAAUGUACCGUAACACUAGAAGCUGGAAUCAUGGCUUUUUGUGUUUUCUCUUUGGCAAUGAUCUUGGAACUAAGAUUGGAGGAAUCCAAAUAGCGAAGAACGGAGUAGAGGAUUUUAUUGUAUGGAAGAACUCAAAUUCGGGCCAAUUCUCUGUCAAGGGUGCGUAUUGGGCUGCUCAAGUCGGCCGAUUCAAUGACACUAACAGGUUGUGGGGUUGGAUUUGGAAGUCCAGCAUUCAUCCUCGCCUGAGCAUGAUGCUUUGGAGAGUUUGUGCAAAUGUUCUUCCCACAACAAACAUAUUUAACUCUGCAGCAUGUAAGUGUUUAUUUUGUGACUCUGGCCCUGAGAAUCCUUUUCAUUUAUUUGUUGAAUGUCCCUUUGCUUUAGCUCUUUGGUUAAGUAGCCCUUUUCCUGUGCGAUUGAACUUAGCCACGGCUGGAAGUAUACCAGAGUUGUUGUGCAAGCUGUGUGAAGGAGUUAAUGGCGAUCUAAGGGGCCAAAUGCUGGGUUGCUAUGCCAUCAUUUUCGAGACCAUUUGGAAUAUUAGAAACAGGAUUGUACACCAGGGGGAGGCUGUUUGGAGCAUUGAUCAGGCAAGGAGGGCUAUCACUAAUCGUUUUCAAGAGCUCAUUACGGCUAAUCUUAAGACAGUUCAGAGUUCCAUUACCCCCCCCCUGGUACCUGACGAAUCUCUCAAGAUUUUGUCAAAGAACUUAGUGGUCGUGGAUGGAUCCUACUCUGAUGGUUGCUUUGGGUGUGCGGCUGUCUUUAUGUGCCGUGACUCGGUUAAUUGGAAUUUCAACACGGCUGCUGGUUUAUGUGGCAGUGCGCUUGCGGCUGAGAUGGAAGCUGUGUCUCGUGGUGCGCAGUGGGCGAUGAACGUUGGGUGGGAUGACUUCACAAUUGCCUCUAAUUCUAAGAUCCUUGUGGAAGCCAUUGCCACCAAGAAAUGUCCUGAUUGGCAGCUCACUAGUGUUUUUUAUUUACUGCUUCAACUUUUAGAUUCUUGUUCUAAGUGCAAUGUUGUUUUCAUUAGAAGAAAUGUUAUUUCUUUCGUUGAUGAACUUGCUAAGAGUGCUAGACACUCCAAGAGCGGUUCUUUGAACUGUGAAGGGGAGGGAUUGCCCCCUGUGAAUCCCAGUUUCUUUUGGUGA